GUCAAGGCAUAAAGUAUAAACCAUCCAAGCAAACGACAAUAGGACAUACUCAGCCACCAAUAACCGUUCAUCAUACGACACACUCCGCCACUCUGCGUCUCUCUCAUGGCAAUUGCAGCUGCUUCUUCUCUUCCCUUGGGUCAUUCCCAUUGCCAUUCAUGCCACACAGAAGGAGUUUGUUGUUCGACAAGACAUGGGAUCUCAAGCAGUUGGAUGAAACCUCAUUUUGAUGGUCGAAGAUACCCUGAUCCUCUGGGUGUAAGUUUGAAGUGCAGGAAUCCGUUAGUUGGACCAACACAAUUCCACUGGCUGUCUAUUGGACAUGGUCUUUGCCUUUCCAAAGUUUCGGUUGCGGCGGAUUUCUCGGAUUCUGCUCCUGAAUCUUCUAGUUAUAUGACUAACCAGGGCUAUCAUCCUCUUGAGGAGUUGAAAGCGUGCAAAAUGGUCCGAGACACUAAACUCACCUCUGCUGAAAUAGCAAGAACAACAGUCGAGGCUAACGACAGUGCUUUGCUGGUUUUCCCUGGGAAGAUACACUCUGAACCACAUGAACAAAUUUCUUGGGCUGAGUUUCAAUAUGUUAUCGACGAUUAUGGAGAUUUAUAUUUUGAACUGUUUGAUGAUGCGAACAUAUUAGAAGAUCCUACAGCAAGUAACCCUGUGAAUGCUUUGUUUGGAAUGGAUAUCCCUGUACACAACAAUGGAAGAAUAACUGGAGGAUUCAGCAUUCUAGAUGACCAGAACAGUGACGAUAUUCCUUUUGAUGAUGAUUAUCUAGAGGUUGUAGAAUCUGAAGCUUUUGAUGUUCUGGACUGGGAGAUACCUGAUGCUUCUACCUUGAUUCAUCCCAUUUAUUUUGCAAAGUGCUUAACAAAGGCCAUCAAUAUCAGACAUGACAGAAAAAUGGAUCACCCAUCAAAUGGUGUUUCUAUUUUAGGAUGCCUCAUACCUGCUUUUGCUGAUGAAGAAUUUUAUGUAAGAAGACUAUUUCAUUAUGAGGAUAGCGACUAUUACAACUCGGAUGAGAAAGGUGGAAAAGGAGUGAGCAUUAGUUCCAAAAGUGACCGAAGCAAGAAUUGCUCAACACUCUACCGGUUGGAGAUAAUGAGAAUAGAGUUGUUCUCGGUAUAUGGUGUUCAGUCCACAAUUAGUCUACAAGAUUUUCAAGAUGCGGAACCUGAUUUUCUUAUAAACUCUAUCUCGGAUAUUGUAGAACGGUUCAACGAAAGAGGUAUUAGAUGCGAUGUUGCUCUUAAAGCUUUAUGCAAAAGAAAAGGACUUCAAGUUGAGGGAGCUCACUUGAUCGGGGUUGACAGUCUAGGAAUGGAUGUUAGAGUCUUCUCAGGGUCAGAAGUACAAACUCAUCGUUUUCCCUUCAGAGUCCGGGCCAAGUCUGAAGUUGCAGCUGAAAAACAGAUUGAGCAACUUUUGUUCCCACGCUCUCGCCGUAAAAAGUUGAGAAGUCAAGGAAAUAAUUUUCAGGGUGUGGAGUCGUACUAAUUCUAUCAUUGUGCUUCAGUCUUGAAUGAAAGAAAAUGUUUGGUCAUAGGGAAAAGAAGAUGAUAAAUAACCUGUAGCUCCUUUGACCUGGAACACCGUUGUUAAUGCUCUGAUGAUUAUCUGCUUAAAUCUGCACCAAAAUGAAGGCAAAGCUGGAAAAUGGGGAUAGCAGAUUGUCCAGGUACUUUUUGGAAGAGAUCACAGAAUAAAACGCGACAAUGUAAACAACAAUAAUCUUGUCCACUGUUGUAUUUAUUCUUUUAUCUAUUUUUCAUCAAAGAAAUGGUGCAUUUUCAUUGA